CAAAACAGACUAGGCCGGAACCACAACCGUGAUGUAAAUAAUCUAUAGAUUUUUUUUUUUUGGACACCAUGUCUCCAUGGUGGUAAUGGGGAAUUGCUGUAUUUCCACACCAUCAGUCAACACAGAAAAAACAGGAUUUAAUGAAGUUCGGAUACUGACCAUUGCGACCAUUGCAACCAGUGCAGGGGGCAAUGGAGGACUUAACAAAAAGAACACAAGCGGGAUGUCAGACCUUUACCAAAAGGAGUUUGAUAAUGAAGGUGCGCCAUGCAGAGAUGCAGGUCGGACGUCUCUGCACAGGUGUCGUUAUGAUUCAGGUACGAAGGAUGGGCAAAGUCGCCAAACUCACCAAGUCAAAACCAUGAAUAAAACCGCAAAGUCUGCUUGUGAUUCUGACCGACAGAGUAAAAAAGUCAAAACGACUCAUGGUUCGACACGGGGAACUCGAGCUCAGAAAGCAGAUGUAAAGGGCCAGGCAGCUGGAAAAGAUGCUUGUACUCCUAGACCUGAGAGAAGCUAUGCACAAACGUCCAACACUAUGCAAAAACGUGCUCAGAAGGAAGUCAAAUCUACUCAUAGUGACAGUCAUUCAUCCCAGCAGCUUCUGAUGAAGACAUCAUCUGCUGAAGAUGAAAAGAGUGAUGUGGACCUGUACAGAGGAGAAGAGGAAAUACAAAAAGAGCUUCAGGACAAGCAGCAGUCGAAGUCAGCGGCUGUUGGUGAGGCCCAAAGCAGUGUAUCAGCUGCCGAGGAUCUUCAGACCUACAGUGAGAGAGAAUGGAAAGGCAAGACCACAAAAAGUCAGCUUAUCCGAAAGGGAUAUGAAGCAAUAGCCAGUGAGUUCAAUCUGCGCAGAGUAAGAGGUGAUAACUAUUGUGCACUAAGGGCGACGCUAUUUCAGGUGCUCAGCCAGUCAAAACAGUUUCCUGCCUGGUUAGAUGACUCUGAUAUUAGUAAGUGGCCAAAAGAAAUGCACGCUGAUCAGGAUUUCAUUAAGGAGUGGCAGUUUCCAUUUGAGAUUAAAAAGAGCAAAGUGCAGCAUCUUGAACAAUGUCUGGAGCAACUGAAGGAAAAGUGGCAAGAGGCUGUCCGGUGUGAAAGUCUUGAGGAGAGGGAUCGCAUGUGCCAGCAGGUCUUCAGAGCUCACAAAGAGGAGUAUGAGCUUCUGGAAGCGCUUAAGUUUUUAAUGCUGAGAACUGCCAUUCAGUUGCACUCAGAUAUGGAGAAGGGCUCUGAUGUACCCGAGUUCUGCUGGCUCCUCUUUGCUCGUGACUCGUCCAAAUGCCCCAAGACGUUCUUCACCAACCACCUCCGACACGUAGGCUUCAGUGGUGGGCUGGAACAGGUGGAGAUGUGCCUCCUGGGUUAUUCCCUUCAACAGAUGAUCCGGGUGGUUCGGCUCUACAAGUGUGACACUGAAGAGUUUAUUACAUACUACCCGAACGACCACAAGAAGGACUGGCCUACUCUAAACUUGCUUACAGAAGAUGACAGACACUACAAUGUACUCGUUCCCAAAAAGACCUCCAAAUUUGAUGAAUAUGGGCGGCCAAAGUGGAAUCAACCUUCAGAAGGACAAUCACGACACGUCCUUAAAUAAUAAAUGGCAAUCUCACACAAUUACAUAACUCAGGAGUUACAAUCCUUAAUGUUUUCCACAUGGCUGUUCUUGAGUUUGUUUUGGAAUAAUUUUUUAUGUUUAAUUUCUUCUAAUUUAAAGAUUUGUGUAUCCUUAUUCUGAUACCUAUGUAAUUUUAAAAGGAUGAAAGUAUGCAUUUCUAAAAAAAUUCUGUGCAAUAGUUUUCUGAGACAAUGCUGGACCUCCAGCUAGAAUGGGCGGAAGAGUUUUUAAUCAUUUUUGAUGAGCUGAAUAUGUUUAGUUUACAAGGUUAAUUAUUGUGUUGCAUAUUACAAUAAAAUGAUACUGUAAAUCUA